ACUCACUCCUGGGUUCUAAGCUCUGUCUGGCUGGUUGCUCUGGCUUUUCGUGUUCAUGGCUUCUCCUAGCAAGGCUGUAAUUGUGCCCGGGAAUGGAGGCGGGGAUGUGGCCACCCACGGCUGGUAUGGCUGGGUGAAGAAGGCACUGGAUCAGAUACCUGGUUUCCAGUGUUUGGCUAAAAACAUGCCUGACCCAAUUACAGCCCGAGAGAUCAUCUGGCUGCCCUUCAUGGAGACGGAGCUGCACUGUGACGAGAAGACCAUUAUCAUAGGCCACAGUUCUGGGGCCAUUGCAGCCAUGAGGUAUGCAGAAACACAUCGAGUAUAUGCCAUUGUAUUAGUGUCUGCAUACACGUCAGACUUGGGGGAUGAAAAUGAGCGUGCAAGUGGAUACUUCAACCGCCCCUGGCAGUGGGAGAAGAUCAAAGCUAACUGCCCUCACAUUGUACAGUUUGGCUCCACUGAUGAUCCUUUCCUUCCCUGGAAGGAACAACAAGAAGUGGCUGACAGGUUGGAAGCCAAAUUGUACAGAUUCACUGACCGUGGCCACUUUCAGAAUAUGGAUUUUCCCGAACUGAUUAAUGUGGUAAAGUCUAUGCUGAAAGUACCAGCACAGGCACAAUGAUUUCUGCUGUUUUGCAAACCAAUAUAAUAGAGCAAUUAUCAGAUUAUAAUCAUAAAAAAUGCCUUCAAAAACAAACAUUGGUUUCAAUGUUCAAACUAAAUUACAAACAGCAUUUCCAUUUUCUGUGGACUCUCCAUCUCCCCAACUUGCUAUGAACUAAAGCAGUAUUUUCCCUUAACAUACCUUGGUAAGGACAUCUCAGACAUCCAGUGAGUAAGACAGAAAUGGAACCCAGGUUUCCUGACUCCCAGUCCAGAUUAAAACUACAUAGACUUCAUAUAUGUUAUAAGAGUUUUACUCCUUUUUGAAGUAAAACUUUUCUAUUUUAUUGGAGAAAGAAAACAUGACUAAAGGUCCAGAGUGUUGGCUUGGAGCUCAGAAUACUAGCUGCUUGUUUAGAGCUGGCCCAGGAUAUUAAACUCAGACUGAGGCCUUCACCUUUGGCACCAUGCCCCGCCACCCUCGAGUCCUUCAAAAAAGUUGAGAGAGAAUAAAUUAUAAGGAUGCUAUGAGGCAGGGGUUUGCAAGGAUCAGUUAGGGAAUAUGAGCAGUCACCUAUUUUGUAUAAGCCCUCAGUGGAAAAGGUAAGGGCAAUGUGGAGAACUCAUGUCAUGUGGAAAGUGUGGCCAAUUUUCUGAUUUUUCAAGAAAAAAAACUUUAUACAGUGGUUUUUAUAUUCAGGGAAGAUAUAUGUAUAUAUAUUAAUCCAUAGGUACACAAAUUAUGUACAGUUUAUAUACAUAUGGAUUAGCUGGCAACUAAAGUAUAAAUAAAAAAUAUAAAAACACUGCAAUACACACAAAGUCCAAUCCAUCCAUUUGUGGCCUAUAAAUAUUAACUUAGCCAGGUGUUUUAAAUGAUUCUCUAUAAAGCCUGAGAAAUGAACAUAAUAUCAAAGGAUGAAGUCAUGGAAACAAUUUGGAUUUUGUUACGGUCUUAUUUUUUUUUUAAUUUUUUAUUUAUUUAUCUUUAGAGAGAGGGGACGGGAAGGAGAAACAGAGGGAGAGAAACAUCAAUGUGUGGUUGCCCCUCACGCGUCCCCUACCGGGGACCUGGCCUGCAACCCAGGCAUGUGCCCUGACCAGGAAUAGAACCAGUGACCCCUUGCAUCACAGGCUCGUGCUCAAUCCACUGAGCUAUACCAGCCAGGGCCAGUCUUAUUUUUUUAAAUAAUCUUUCCAUUCCUCAAAUUUUUGUUCUGUGGAGUUCUGCCUUUUAACCUCUGUGGUCCUUUAGCUCUCUCUCUUUCCUUUUUUUUUAAAAAAGAUUUUAUUCAUUUAUCUUUAGAGGGGAAGGGAAGGAGAGAGGGCCCUGACUAGGAAUUGAACCUCGAUCCUCUGAUUCGCAGGCCCAUGCUCAAUCCACUGAGCACACUGGCCAGGGCCCUUUAGACCUCUUUCAAGCAUCAUUCUAUGAUUUUUCUUCUGAUCAUGAUCCAUCAAAAAAAUCCUUUUUCAUUUUCUGAUAAUUUUUUGCCUAUUAUGAUCCCUAGUAUUGCCUCUUAACAAUUUCUAGUCUACAGACCAGUAACUUUCAACUGGUGUGCCACAUGAAUUUUGAAAACAUGCAAUACCUUUCUCUUUCUCUAAAAUCAACAAAUAAAAAUUGAAAAACAAGAAAUGCCAAGACUAGCCCUGGCUGGUGUAGCUGUGGAUUGAGCGCAGGCCUGCGAACCAGAGGAUCAUGGUUCAAUUCCCAGUCAGGGCACAUGCCUGGGUUGCAAGCCAGUUCCCAGCAGGGGACACAUGAGAGGCAACCAUACAUUGAUGUUUCUCUCCCUCUCUCCUUACCUUCCCUUCUAAAGAUAAAUAAAUUUUUUUUUUAAAAAAAAGAAAGAAAAAUGCCAAGACUAUGUUUGAUUCCCAGUAGGGGCAGCACAUGGAAGAAUCAACUAAUGGAUGCAUGGAUAAGUGGAAUAACAAAUGGAUGUUUCUCUAUCUCCCUUCCUCAGUCUCUCUCUAAACUCAACAAAUAAAAAUGAAAAAUCUACAACAGCAACAAAAACAUGCAAUACCUGACUGUUUAGUCAGGGGAACAGUCAGCUUUCCCUUUAGAUGAGGGGUGUCAAACUCAUUUUCACUGGAGGCCACAUCAAUUUUGUAUUUGCCUUCAAAGGGCCAAAUGUAAUUUUAGAACUGUAUAAAUGUAACUACUCCUUAACAGUUAAGUGAGAGCUCAGCACUGCCACUGGGUAGAAACAAGGUACCAGACCAGAUAAAACAAGGCGGAGGGCCAGAUUCCACCCAUAGGCCUUGUGUUUGCCACCUGCCCUUUAGAUUGUCAAAUUUUAAAAAUGACAACAAAAACAAUAGCCAUCCAGUGUGAAAGAAUCAAAAUUAUACUUUUUUGGUCAGAUUGGCAAAAAAUACUUUUGGUGUGCCACAGAAUUUUAGUAUAGUUUAUGAAUACCAUGAAAAAAUAGGUUGAAAAUCACUGCUAUAGAAAGUUCUAUUGGACAGCACUAGAGUCUAAGGUAUGUAUUUUAUAUUCCUCUCAUCUACCAUCAAUAAUGAGUAAAUGACUAACUUGAAAUUACUUCUAUUUUACUUCUAGUUUGCUUAGUUUAUUACUAUAAAACUCUUGGCUCUACAAAAUUUACUCCUCACCAAACUAAGAUCAGAGUAGUUUUGUGGAAGAAUCCCACAUAAACUAUUCAUUUAAGCCAUCAAAUCAUAGAUUUUCAUGAUUCCCUUUGACUGUAUCAUGGAUCACUAUUAACCAUAGCAAGGCCUUGAUAGACUCCAGGGAAUAUCUAUCCUCAGGUGAGCAAAACACCUUAUACUAAAUGAAAAUUAACUGCAAGGAUUAGGACUUCACUCACAAUUUGAUUUUUUUGGUAUGGUCAUGAGUCUAGAGUCUCACUGUUUUGGUCAAAGAUUACUCCUGUAUAUAAUAUACAAUUAACUAUCAUCAGAAGUGCUAUAUUUUAAAAUGACCUCUGUUCUCCUUCAGUUAAAUUCAGAAUU